GUGCUGCUCUCACAAAUGUAUUGCAGCCUUCUUUAUGGAGCAGAAGACCCUUCUAUUGCAGGGAUGGUGUUGGACAGUGCCUUCUCAAACUUAUUUGAUCUGAUGAUGGAACUAGUGGAUGUUUACAAAAUCCGGCUUCCUAAAUUCACAGUUAAAAUGGCUGUCCAGUACAUGCGACGUGUCAUUCAGAAGAAAGCCAAGUUUGAUAUUAUGGACCUUAAUUGUAUACAGGUUGCCCCCAAAACUUACAUAGCUGCUUUAUUUGGACAUGCAAUGGGGGAUGUUUUCAUUCAACCACACCACUCAGAUCUCAUCUUCAAGUCUUAUGCGGGAGAUAAAAAUAUUAUUAAAUUUGAUGGUGACCACAACUCUCCGCGACCACAAUUUUAUUAUGAUUCGGUGUCCAUUUUCUUCUACAAUGUUCUCCAUCCACCUCAAGUAUCUUCUUCAAUUUCAAGUAACUUCGAGAAGUAUUACAAUUUGGGGGACCUGAAGGUUGAUUCUGGUAUGGAUGAGCGCCUGCUAUGUGAAAUAAUUACGGGUCUACCUAAAGCUGGUACUGAUUCUGCAAGCACAUCAUCUGCUCCACCUUGCUUUUCAACUACAAAAUCCAUAGGCGAAUUUCUAUCUGAACUCCCACCAGUUCCAGAUGUCUUGGAUUCCCUUCUGGAUGAAGAUAAUAAAUCUAAUGAUUUGGAUAAGGCAGAAGAUGAUGAGCAGCUACAUUUGCAGGAUGAGACGAAUGGGCAGAAUGAGGAAUGCUGCUCAUAUUCAAGCUCAAAUCGAGAGAGUUGGGGAAGAUGCUCUUCUCUAGGAGGCAGUGAAGAAGGUUCUCCCGUGGAUUGUACAAGCACUAGCAACAAACAUCAGAUGACCUUGAAGGCACUUGCAACACCUUUACGAAGAAUACAGCGCAAGUCGUCCGAUUCUGCGAAGGAGAAGAAGAAAGCUCCGGUUGGUCCAAAGAAGCCAAAGCGUGAGAAGUUGGAGAAGUUAGAGGCCUUAAGCCAGCGAAUACGCCUUUGCAUUCUGAAACGGGUGAACCAUCGAAGACAUCGUUCUUCAUGACCAACUCCCAUGCCAUAUAAUGUGGUUUUUAACUGUAAUUCUUUCUCAUUUUUCUUCUGUUUAUGUUUCGUAUCUCCUGGUCUCCAUGUACGUAUGUGUACGGUGUACCCCUUUCUGUUUUAUCUUCUUGUAGGAAACAAAAGAUUGUUUUAUAUUUUUUGAGGAAUUUGAGGGUCCCGUACCCUCACCGUUGUUGUAACUUAGUGUUGUAUUGGAUAAACGGACUUUGAUUCUUAAUUUAUUCAUUUUCAGCGGCUCCAUUCCAGUGGAACCUCAAA